AUGCCAACUGAUUCGGUGUUGCAGGGGACCUUGGAACAUCCAGAGGACUCUGAUGUGGUGAAAGAGUGUAGGGCUUUGCAGCGUGAGGAAUUUGAAGUGCUCGAGUCUAUCUACCCAGAUUGCGUCUCGUCGAACGAGAUAACAGAGGGAACUCUGAAACUUGAGGUACCCAUCGAAUUCGAAGGCGAGAGAAAGGUCUUUAUUACCCAAGAUGCCGUCCUAGUGUCGCCCACCAACGACCUCUCGUCCAACGCUUCUCUAACUUCGUCUUCGAAUCCCUUGACGGAGACUGUUGCAGUUUCAACUUUACCCUCUCUUCUCGUCACUAUCAACCUCCCAGCCCGCUAUCCCCUUUCCGAGCCACCCAAACUAGCAUCUAUUCGCGCAACACAUCUAUGGCUACCUCGGAUUGGACUGUUGAACCAGCUGCUUACGGAGAUGUGGCAGGAGGGAGACGGAGUGUUGUACAACUGGGUCGAGUACCUGCGAACGGGAGAGUUUCUGGAAGCGCUGAACCUUGUUCGGCCUAGCGACGGUGUGAUAGAGAUCGUUCACUCUAAUCCGCCGAUCCUGGCACCUUUACUGACAUCGCACGAUGCCUCGUCCAAGUCAUCCCAAUUCGCGCAGAGUUCAUAUCCCUGUUCGGAUUUCUGGGGUAUGUGUGUGGAAGAAGGUGAUGUGGGGAGGGUGGGAUGUCCAGACCCCGAAUGCGUGAAACAGAAGCGAGAGGCAGAAGAAGAAGAGGUGGCUAGAGUUCUUACUGAUGCAGAGGUUGCGCGGUGGAGAUGGUUACGCGAGAAGAGGAAUUUAGAGAAAGAUCCCACCAUUAUCCAUUGUCCGGUGGAUAUAUGCCAGACGCCGGUGCCCAAGCCUCCUGGUGAAGACCCAGAGUCGGGGUGGGACAGGUUCCGACAGUGUCCCCGAUGCUCGUUCUCGUUCUGCUCUUUUUGUCGGCGAACAUGGCACGGGCCCGUUACGCAGUGCGUGAUGACACAUUCCGAGAAGAUUGUUCUGGAGUACUUGGCGGAGGAUGAAGGAUCAGAAGAGCGGGAGACACUCGAAAAGCGGUACGGGAAAAAGAACAUCCAGAACUUGGUGGCGAGGUACCAGGAAGAACUGGCGAAUAAGGAAUGGCUCGCAGAGUCGACGACGGAGUGUCCUGGGUGUGGAUGCCAUAUGACUUGCUGGAAAUGCGGAAAGCAUUUCUGCUACAGAUGUGGUACUGGGUUGAAUCCGAGCAGUCCAUACGCGCAUUUUUCACAACCUGGACGAUGUUUCCAAAAGUUGUUUGACUUUCAGGCGGAAGAGGAGGAGUGGAUACCGAUGUUCGAGGAUUAG